AUGACCCAGCACAGACCCACAGACCAGUGCCCCCAGGGUGCUGUGACAACGCCCCCAAAUGCCCAGGCCUAUUGCUGUGACCUGAUGCCCCCGGACACCUGGACCUGCUGCCAUCACCCGGCACGCCCAGACAGUGACCCACAUUGGCCUGCACCAGAGAACCUCCAGGAGGCUCGGACCUACACACCAAGGGGCCAGAAUGAACAGCAUCAGAGCAAAAUCCAUAAGAGCUACGGCAACGUGCUGGUGCUGGACGGCGUCAUCCAGUGCACCGAGAGGGACGAGUUCUCCUACCAGGAGAUGAUAGCCAACCUGCCGCUCUGCAGCCACCCCAACCCACGCAAGGUGCUGAUCAUCGGGGGUGGCGACGGGGGUGUCCUGCGGGAGGUGGUGAAGCAUUCCUCCGUGGAGUCCGUGGUGCAGUGCGAGAUCGAUGAGGAUGUCAUUCAGGUCUCUAAGAAGUUCCUGCCCAGCAUGGCCAUCGGCUACUCCAGCUCAAAGCUGACCCUCCACGUGGGCGACGGUUUUGAGUUCAUGAAACAGAACCAGGACGCCUUCGAUGUUAUCAUCACUGACUCCUCGGACCCCAUGGGCCCAGCCGAGAGCCUCUUCAAGGAAUCCUAUUACCAGCUCAUGAAGACGGCCCUCAAGGGGGACGGGAUCCUCUGCUGCCAGGGCGAGUGCCAGUGGCUGCACCUGGACCUCAUCAAGGACAUGCAGCACUUCUGCAGGUCGCUCUUCCCCGUGGUGGCCUAUGCCUACUGCACCAUCCCCACCUACCCCAGCGGCCAGAUUGGCUUCAUGCUAUGCAGCAAAAACCCAAGCACCAACUUCCGGGAGCCGGUGCGGCAGCUGACACAGAAGCAGGUGGAACAGAUGCAGCUGAGAUACUACAACUCAGACGUGCACCGGGCGGCCUUCGUCCUGCCUGAGUUUGCCCGCAAGGCCCUGAAUGAUGUGAGCUGAGCCCAGGUGCCACUGCCGACAGCGCCCAGGACCUCGUGCCAGGCUGCCCUGGCCAAGACCCCUGCCAGCAGACCCACCAACCAAGUGUUACAGGCCCCAGAAUGCUGCCCGGCCUGCCCCGCUGGCCGACUGUCUGUCUCUGGUGUUGAGCCUCCCGGCCUGCCCCAGCUGUGUACAGCACCGUCUCCGCCCUCUGUCAGCCUCACUCACCAAACACAUGUAUUUAUAACAAGCUUCUGAAUCGUGUGUUCCCAGACCUUGAAUGGGCCCAGGCAGGGGCUGCAGCCACCGUUAUUGACUGUUUCUGUGCCAGGCUCUGCGCAAGAGUCUGUCACUGUCUGUGAGUGAGCAGGCCAGGCCCUCCCCGUGUAACCCCGGACCGGCCCCUUGUCCACCGACACCAAGGGACACAGCAGUCAUGGAACUGCACUCAAACCUG